CAUGGAAUUGUUCGAUCGACUCUCUCCUCCUCAAAGUCCCUCCUGUAUACGACUGCACAGCCACCCUUAGGGCGCGCGCGGCUCUCUCUCUCUCUCUCUCUCUCUCUCUCUCUAACUAAUAACCAAAAAUAAAUAUAAAAAAUAUAAAAUAAAGCACCACCCCCAUGAACUUGCUAAUGUUUUAGCUGCUGAUAUUAUAUAUAUAAUAUACCAAAAGUUUGAAGUAGAUCUGUCCAAGAGUAAAUUAAACAGUGGCCUGGAGUAUUGGGUUUCUGGCAUUUUUGAGUUCUUAGCCUUCAUCUUCAGCUUCCUACUCAAUAUUUACAUUCACUUAAGGAACCGUUUAAUGUCACACAGUUGUCUACACUUCAAAAUACUAAAAUCUUUAUUCUCUGCAACACCGACAACUACUGCAUAACUUUACCCUAUGUGCUUCAAUUUGGAAACCCAUCAUUCAAUCAGGUGUAGAUCACACAAACAUGGGUGUUUCAGAGUCGGAAAUCAUCUCCCAAGGCAAGGUGGAUUCGCCUUUGUUAUCGGACGAACAAGAGAAGAAUCAGUUUCUCUCCUCAUUAGGAAGACAAUCAUCAAUCUACUCUCUCACUCUUGAUGAGUUUCAGCACACCCUCUGCGAGAGUGGCAAGAAUUUUGGGUCGAUGAAUAUGGAUGAGUUCCUCACAAGCAUUUGGACAGCCGAAGAAAACCAAGCCAUUAAUUCCAAUCACACCAACACUUCUACUACUAACAACAACACGAACAACAUUGAGGUGCACAUGCCUUUAGCCGAUGCCUCUGCAGAGAAGCGCAUUGCGACGCAGCCCAGCUUGCCGCGUCAAGGCUCACUCACGCUGCCUGCGCCACUGUGUAGGAAAACGGUGGAUGAAGUUUGGUCUGAGAUACACAAAGGGCAGCAGGCAAAGCAGCAGAACAAUCACAACAGCAGCAUCGAUGGCAAUGGCGGUGUUCAAAGUUCUGAGUUUGCCCCUCGCCAGCCUACUUUUGGGGAGAUGACAUUGGAGGAUUUUUUGGUUAAAGCAGGGGUAGUUCGGGAACAGGAUUCAAUGGCCGCCACGGUGGUGCCUCCUCAACCUCAGCAGCAGCAGCAAUAUGGGAUGUAUCAGAACGGCAACCAGGCGGUGGUACCCAGUUUUGUUAAUAGGCCUGUGAUGGGAAUGGGGGCUGCUGGUGCAGCAGAUACUAGCACUGCUGCCGUUAUUCCUAAUUACCAAACUAUACCACAAUGUGGGUCUGCGGUUGUGGGAGAGUCCUCUGCGUAUGCUGCGAAUGCUAAGAGGAAUGGGGCUUACCCGACAGUGCCACCUCCACAGUCGGUUUGUUUUGGCGGGAGAGUGGUGAAUGGUGGUGGUGGAUAUGCAGCAGGGCAGACAAUUGGGAUGGUGGCUCCUGUGAGUCCGGUGUCUUCUGAUGGGAUGGGUACUAGUCAGGUUGAGAACUCUGGGGGUCAAUUUGGUUUGGAAAUGGGUGGACUAAGAGGAAGGAAGCGGGGUUUAGAUGGAGCGGUCGAAAAAGUGGUAGAGAGGAGGCAGAGAAGGAUGAUUAAGAAUAGAGAGUCUGCAGCAAGGUCUAGAGCCCGAAAACAGGCAUACACAGUUGAACUGGAAGUAGAACUGAACCAAUUGCGAGAAGAGAACUCACACCUUAAACAGGCGCUGGCAGAGCUCGAGAGGAAACGAAAGCAACAGUAUUUCGAGGAAAUGAAGAUGAGAGUUCAGAACAGGGCCCAGAAAGUGAAGGAGAAGCUAAGGGUGUUGAGGAGGAGUCAUAGUUGUGGUUUGUGAUAUGCUAUCUGAGAAACGGUCACUGAGGACACGACAGAACUGAAGCCCUACCCAGGGAUGUCGAAAGUGCGCAAGCUCAGCUCGAUGUUGAAAUGGAUACAAGGUGAAGCAAAUGAUUAAGAGUGCUCCACUGCAAGUUAAGAUUAUGUGACUAUGAGAACAUGAAUGAUUCAAAUAGGUCAAAUGUGUAGAGUCCAGUUGAAUAUUAAAUUUGAGUUAUGUACUAGGCAUGGUUAUGCAUUAAUUUGUUGUAGUUUUUGUAGAUUUCAACUUACCAUCUUUCGGAUUGGAAUUUUUCUAGAAUAUAAACAAAAAUUAUUUAGUAAUGUUAAUAUGCAUGCUAUCGAUUUGAGAAUUUAUAUGUA